AUGGCUGGUUUGAUCGACAUCGCCACAGCAUGUUCUAAUGGUGGAAUUUCGACUGUAAUUGGCGUCGUGGUCGAUAAGCUGGAUAUCUUUCGUACCAGAGGAUCUUCAUCAUGUAUCACUUUUGAACUCAAAGAUGAGGACCUCGAUGGCUGUGCCUGGGAACAAUGCUUGAAAGUGAAAUAUUUCAACGAUAAUGAGAGCUGCCUACCACACGUCAUGCUCAAUGAUGUAGUCUUGCUCCGAGGCGUCCGAGUCAAUCAAUACAAGGCAAGGCCACAUGGCACUGUAUCACAGGCACAGAGAGUUCCAUGGGCAAUCUUUCGGGUAGACGAGGACCCUAGCAAAGGCCCCUCUAUCACUACGGGGCCUCCUAAAGUGCAGCCUCAGACACCACACCGGACACGGCGAGGUACUAUCCCACAACAGCCAACCACGGUGGUUGAAGCUUCUCUGGUGGCCACCCUCACACCAAGGAAAGGAAAAAUGCCAAUCUCUUACGUCAAAGACGCCGAACCAGCUAAAUUUUGCCAAUUAGUCGUGCAAGUGGUUAAAGACCACCACUACGACGACGACAAGGGUACCAUAUGGGUCACAGACUACACAUCUAAUGAGGGCCUGCCCAACCAUGAAAAAGAUGAUGGCGUGACGGGAACUGAUGGGGAUCCUUACGGGCGGCUCUCCAAAAAUUGGCCCGGCCCCUGGGGAAAAUUGACCAUGGAAGUCACGCUCUGGCAUCCGCAUGCAAGUUUUGCAAGGUCGAGUAUUAAACUCGGCGACAUUGUUUUACUUUCAUAUGUUCGCCCCAAAAUCAGCAGGAAUGGAGAUCUAGAAGCAGUUAUCCACGAAGACCAGAAGUACUCACAUAAGAUUCAUCUGAAGAUCGUUUCGCCUGAGUAUGAUGUCCAUGCAAAAGAACUAAUGAAACGCCGGAAGGAAUACUGGAAGAUUCACGGUGAUCGGAAAGAUGAUCGGGAAGAUGAACCCAAGCCAGCAAAGAAACAGAAGGUUGACGAGCCGAAAAAGACUCCGCGGAAAGAAGGAAGUCGAACGAGUUUACCAGUCGCAGCUGUGGUUACCUCCUCACGUGUGAAACCCAACCCACAGGUUAAAUCACGCGACAUUGGCAUUCCAACCAGCUCUGUGGAUUCUAUCCUGGCUGCUGAAACGCAUGUAAUAGAACUCCCCAGUAGCGUAAGCUACAAGGUUCCUUUCCAGAAUGUGGGGUACAGCCUUAUUGCCCGAGUAGUUGACUUCUAUCCUCCAAAGCUGGAGGAUUUUGCAGUCAAGGUUUCAUCAAAGCCUGUUGUUAAUUAUGGCACCGAAUCUGUGACAUGGGAAUGGCGCUUUUGCCUUUUGGUAGAGGGUACUGAGCCUUUGAUGUCGAAAAAUCAGCAACGACAACAGUUCAAGAUCUUUGUUGCGGGUGGAGAGGCAGAGUUCUUGCUUUGUCUCGAUGCUACCAAUCUUCGCCGUGACCCGCAGCGAUUGAGUGAACUGCGGGAGAAACUGUUCAUCCUGUGGGGCAAUCUUGAAGAGCAGAAGCAAGCAGCGGCCGAAAUUCCUGUUGACGACAAAGACUGGAAACCGGUCAAGUCUUCCUCGUUGCCCUUUACUUGUUGUAUUAGGGAAUACGGUGUGCCGUGUAGACAUGUCCGAGAUUCAGAUGCCAUGGCUAUUGACGGACAACUUUGUGUCAAGGAAGAAUGUUUCGGGUGGGAAAGACGAUUUUCUCUUUAUGGUACGACGAUUCAUGAGUGA